AUGGCACGCUCCAAGCAGCCCGCCAUGAAGCGCGAAUCUUCUUCCGAGUAUUUCAACAAGAAGACGUCGACGUGGGAAGACUCUGCCAGCGGACAGGGGGCAGUCGCCUCGAAAAAAGCGACCAACGGUGUGGCCAAGGCCAAUGGGAGACUGGAGGACAAUGCGAUUACAGAGGACAAGGGCGCCGGAAUCGUACAGCUCGUGAUCGCGGUGUCUGGUAUCUACGCAUCUUUCUUGACAUGGGCGUACCUCCAGGAGAAGCUCACGACGACACCACACGGUCUACGGAACGAAGUCUGGCACUUUCCCGUCUUCCUCAACACGAUCCAGUCGCUCUUUGCCGCCACCGUCGGCAUCGUCUACCUCCUCUUCUCGACACCCCGUGGCCAGCCCACGCCGCCCGUCAUCCCCUCGGCGCGCAUCCUGGGGCCUCUCGCACUGGUAGCCAUCACCAGCUCCCUCGCCAGCCCCUUUGGCUACGCCAGCCUCGCGCACAUUGACUACAUCACCUUCCUCCUCGCCAAGAGCUGCAAGCUUCUGCCCGUCAUGUUCCUGCACAUCACCGUCUUCCGCAAGCGCUACCCGCUGUACAAGUACCUCGUCGUGGCGGCCGUGACGGCCGGUGUCGCCGUCUUCACCCUGCACUCGGGGUCCAAGAAGAAGGCGUCCAGGCUCUCGGAUGAGGCCAACGCCUCGUGGGGCCUGCUGCUGCUGAGCAUCAACCUGCUCUUUGACGGCCUCACCAACAGCACCCAAGACCACAUCUUCACGUCGUUCAAGCCGUACACGGGCCCGCAGAUGAUGUGCGCUAACAAUCUCAUGAGCACCCUCGUGACGGGUCUGUACCUUGUGGUGAGCCCGUACGUCGCGGGAACUGGAGUGGGCGAGUGGUUCGGCAUGGCUGGUGGCGUGGAAGGCGGCGAGCUUUCCGAGGCGCUGGCGUUCAUGGGACGUCACCCUGCUGUGUGGCGUGACGUUCUUGGUUUCGCGGUCUGUGGUGCCGUGGGCCAGGUCUUUAUAUUCUACACCUUGGCGACUUUCUCGUCGGUUCUGCUCGUUACCGUCACCGUGACAAGGAAAAUGUUUACCAUGAUCUUGUCGGUCGUGGCGUUUGGCCAUCGCUUGACGCAGAUGCAGUGGCUGGGCGUUGGACUGGUGUUUGGCGGCAUCGGCGUCGAGGCGGCGAUUGCGAGGAGCGAGAAGGCGGCCAAAGAAGCCGCAAAGAAGAAGCAAUAG